UGUGUGUGUCAGCUGGCCGCCCGUGCUCGCCGCCGCGCCGCAGGUCUGCCACCACCGCCAGUCUGCCAGUAUCACACACAAGAAAGAUGGCGACGGUCAUGCAGCGGCAGAGGUCUCGCAGACGACUGGCGGCUCUUACAUUUCUCUCCAACAUUUCGUUGGACGGCACGCACCGAGACACCCGUCUCUCCCAGUACGGGGGCGGAGGCUUCCUCGGGAAAGUGCUAGACGUCCACAGCGAUGUUCAGUCCGACAGAAAUAAGGAGAACCAAGCUGUGCUGGGGAAGGAGGAGCAGGACAACUCAGUGCCCGCGACGAAGCAGGUGCAGGGAGUGCCACCCUGCCAGUCAGACGGCCAGAUCUCCCUCAAAGAUACAGGCGACACCACCGACAAGCCUCACGGGAUACAUUUUAGGGACAGAACCAACACCGGCACUUCUGAGGGAGGGGAUCGCUCUGGGGCCCAUCGCAAGCGCUCGACUCACCACCACCACCACCACCACCUUUCUCUUGUGGAAAAAGCUCAAUGUUUUAGUAGCAAUGAGAGCUUAGGUGGCCCUCUCCCAAAUAUUGGUGGUGGGCGCACCAGGAAGCUGUCAAGCAGCGUGUCUGACUCAUCAGGGCCACCCAACAAAGGGGUGAAGUUCUUCAAGACAGGGCAUGACCACAAUCUUCGUGAUGAUAGGAUUGUCCUGCUUUCUACCCAGAGGAUCCCUUUCUACAUUUUUUCAGCCCUUCCAUAUAACAAGCCCAGGAUUGGAGGGCGUAGUGACCACUACUAUGGGCGUGGGGAAAGUGGGCGCCGGCGCCAUACAUCUGGUAAUAGAACGCUUUCUACGAUCAGUGACAGUGGAGAUCCUUCACACAUCCUGGGCUAUGACCGCAAUGAUGAGUUUUUGGAAAGGUCUUACUGUGAACUCCUAGUACCAUCUCGAAGUUUUUUCUGCAAGCCUCGCAGACAGCAGUCAGAACACAAUGAUCUCUGUGAUUCAAAUGAACGCUGCAUGCACCCUGGAGUUGCUCGCUGCUUCAGCUAUGAGCCAGCCACGCACAAGGCCACAGCCCACUAUGUUCCUCACUCUCAGCAUAGCCACUUGGAGAAAGGUGGCAGUGGUGGUGAUGUGGAGGAAUGGCGGCUGCUGGGUAGUCUGUCAGGCAGUGGUCACCAGUACCUUCCCAACAUGCUGGAUGAUCCUGAGCUACGUGCUGGGAAGCACCGAAAACUACUUCGCUUCCCUUCCUACAUGACAUCAGUAAUGGAUUACACAAAGCCUUCUGAACUGAAGAAGGAAUUAAAUGACAAAUUUCGAAGCAAGUUUCCUCAUAUUCAGCUAACCUUGAGUAAACUUCGCAGCUUGAAGCGAGAGAUGUUGAAGAUUGCUCGUCAGGAGUGUGACAUAGACCUGCUGACAGUGGCUCAAGCUUACGUUUACUUUGAGCGCCUUAUCCUGAAAACCUUAGUCAAUAAGCAGAACAGAAAACUUAUUGCUGGAGCUUGUCUGCUUCUCUCAGCCAAAAUGAAUGAUGUGAAAGGAGAGGUUCUCAGUAAUUUAAUAGAGAAAACUGAGAGCACCUUUCGUCUUAACAGACGUGAAUUGACUCACUGGGAAUUCGCUGCCUUGGUUGCCUUAGAGUUCGGUCUUCACCUUCCAACCUGGCAAGUAAAUCCCCAUUACCAGCGACUCUUAUUUGAGUCUUGACGCAAACAUGGAAGUGGAAGCUCAGCAUUUACUGUUUGAGAUCUCCUUAAGAAUAAAUGAAAAAAUGCGAAUAGUUGCCGUGGUCACAGGCUACGAUCUCAAUCAAAGCUGGCUCUGGAUGCCGUUUGUUUUUGGUUUGAAAGGGUUUCAAACUUUAAACAAGUCAUAAAUUUAAGACCUUGCAAGUCUCUCUUCAUCCUUCUAUUUCCAGAUAUAAAUUGUUCUAUGAAUACAUUUGGGGAAUAGAUUCCAUCUCAAAGGCAUCCCUCAUGUAGAAAGUUCCUUCCUUUACUGAUGGAAUCUAACUCAAAUGCUAUAUCAUCUUUUAUUAAUUAUGAAAAACAUAAAAUUAUUUAAGGUCGAAAUGUUUUGUGUGCAAUAUUUUUCAUAUUUGUGAUAAAAUAUUAUACUAUGAACCAUAGUUCUGUUGCUUGCAUAAUGUCAUAUUACGGUCAUCACUCACCAAGAAGCACUAGUUUGUGUGACUUGUGAUUGUGUGUGUGUGUGUGUGUGUGUGUGUGUGUGUGUGUGUGUGUGUGUGUGUGUAUUUACCUAGUGUGCACAUGUGUGCAUGCAUGUACAUAGAAGAACGUGCUGUGAACUUGUUUCAAUCUUAACUAUCUAAUUACCUAGCAGCAAUAAUGUGAAUAGAAGUAAGGAAAAAAAAGCAUCCAACAUCUGACGAUGUUGUAUAACCUUUAUCAGUGAUAAUAAUUGUCAUUUCCAUGUAUCUCUCAAUUUUUUUCACCAUUUAUAUCCAUCAAUUUAAACAUAUGAGAAGAGGGCUCAUUACUCUUAGAUUUAACCCUUUCAGUCCGGGGGACAUAUAUUCACAUCCUGGUCGCCAAACGCUCCCAUCUGGUGAACGUAUCUAGAAGUCCUACUUGCUAUGCGGCACAUACGGGAGACGUGUAUAUAAGUCCUGUUUCAUUUUAGGUUGCCAUAGCAGGGAUACGUUUUCUAUGACGGAUGGUUUUAGAGGAAACAAUAUGGGUAACAAAAUUAUAUGGUAACGAAGGAGAAAUUCUACUGUGAGAGCUUUAAUUUGCAGUCUUUCGCAGGCAUAUCUUUAUCUCACACACACACACACACACACACAAAGGGAGGAGUGAGCUUGAUAAGUUAGGCCUGUAUAAUUAUAUCUUUUAACACACACACACACACACACACACACACUGAUAC